GUAGAAGAGAUAUAUAAUAACCAAUAACUAUCUAAAUUGUUCCUAUGUACUGCAUUACCAGCACUUUCCAGUGAUUUUGGUUAUUUCUCUAUUCUUUCACCUGAUUACCUGCAUUAGGAGCUCAAGUAAACAAACUACUCAGUACUUUAACAAAGUAUCGAGUAUAUGUAUACUCAUAUCGGAACGGCACUAUUUAGUUCGCAGGAAUUUCUACGUAUUCCUAAAUGAAUGGAGAUCGAGCUAAAUGCUUUUGAUAUUUGUGAUGAUUACGAACACAUUGAUCCGAGUUUGUGUUAUGUUCUAGAAAAUGUUCUUAGUACGCAGGUUGAUGCCGAUCAUUGUGAGGAAUACCAGAAGCUCAAGCAAAGCUUUAAUUCAAUUCUCUUAAAUGGAUGUGAAUGCAUUCAGGAACCACAUAAUUGUAGUGUCUGUUCCCAUGGGGGGAACUACAAAUGGAAUGCACAAUUUAGAGAGCUUGUCUUGGAUUCUGAAAGGUCUAAAGAAUUAAUUUACGAAUGUAGUUCCGUUUGCAGAUGUGAUCCUUACAAGUGUCUAAACAGACUUGUACAAAAAGGACCAAGAAGAGGUCUAAAUAUUAUUAACUCUAAGUUAUAUGGCUCCAAAGGUCUCAUAACAACCGAAGACAUUCCUGGUGGUGGAUAUAUUUGUGAAUACGCCGGAGAGAUACUAACGCGCACCGAAGCUAUUCGACGCCAGAAGACAAACGAACAAAGUUCUCUUAUGAAUUAUAUUCUGUUUUUAAAUGAACACAAUAUAGCAAAGCACACCACGGCAUCUAACGUGCUAACGACAAUAAUUGACCCUAGUAAGAGAGGCAAUAUUGGGCGGUACUUAAAUCAUAGCUGUGACCCGAAUUGUGAAAUGCGUAGUGUCCGUGUUGACUGUCCCAUUCCGAAAAUUUGCAUAUUCUCAAAACGAUUCGUAAAUGCUGGAGAAGAACUUUGUUUCCAUUAUAAUGAAGGCUGCACAGAAAUUGUAAAGGCAAAAUACCCUGUGAAAUUUAAAGGGACGGUUUGCUUAUGUGGAUCUCCAAAUUGUUCUAGAUAUUUGCCAACAGCUAAUAUUUGAAUAUACGCAAUUUUGAAUUCUA